AGCAUUCAACACACAAGACAAGCCAGCAUCUGACUCCUAGCUGUUCGGAUCGCUCUUGUACGGAAGAGCGAAAGGACUGAAUCAUACAGUCACGUUUCUCUAACGUGAAAGUGCAGACUCGCCCGGGCAGUGCAAUGUCUGGAGGUUCGGACGCACCUGCUGAGUCGAAGCCCGCCAUGUCGUCAAACUUGGUGGUGGCGAUGUGGGCGGGCUUCUCCUCCCUCCUCCAGCUUCCUCCUCCAUCUUGCCGGCUGAUGUUCCCUCGCAGGUACGGUUUUACUUUCGUCCUCAGCUUGACUCUCUGCCACUUCAUCGCGACCACCGUCUUCCUCGAGGGGGUCACGCAGUUCAAGCUCUUCGGGUCAUCAGUGAAACACAUGGAGACGAAAGACAACUGGCUUACGGCCUUCUGUGGAGUUCUGUCCAUUGCCUUCAUGAACUUUUCCCUUCAAGCGAACUCCGUCGGGUUCUAUCAGAUCACCAAACUCUGCAUCAUCCCUGUGGUGCUGGGAAUCGAGUACGCCAAGUCGGGGAAGACUGUAUCGUACCGCGUGCUGAUCAGCCUCGGGCUGCUGCUUGCCGGUGUGGGGAUCGCAACAGUGACUGACAUCCAGCUGAACAUGAAGGGGUGCAUGUAUGCAGUCAUCGCAGUGUUGACGACGGCACAGUUCCAGCUGUGGCAGGGGAGCAAGCAGAAGCAGCACGGUCUCUCUGCCAUUCAGAUCACCCACAGCAUCGCCCUCCCCCAGACGCUCAUCACGCUCGCCUCGGUCGUGGUCGUUGAGCCGAACGUUACCUCGCACACCUUCUCCUCCAACUACGUGGACGUGGCGCUCAUCGUGCUUACCUGCCUCAUAGCGAUGGUGAUGAACGUCACGUCCUUUGGCCUCAUCGGAAAGACGUCGGCCGUGACUUUCCAGGUCGUGGGGCAUGCCAAGACUUGUCUGAUCAUCGCUUCCGGCUUCAUCUUCUUCCCUCCCGCUUACUUCUCCGCCAACGAGAUCAAGAAUCUUUUCGGCUUGUUCGUAGCGAUUCUGGGGAUGGUGCUUUACGGUCACAUCAAGACGGUGGACCAGAGGAGGAGCAACGGGGAUCAAUCUCCAGACUGUUUGGACUCGCUCCUUCCGGACCCGAAGUUCAAGGCAGCGGGAGCGAGCCAGAUGCAGGAGGAGGAGGAAAUUCAGCCCAUAGUGAAGGAGGAGGAAGGGGAGAAGUCUUAGAUAGGAGCGAGCCUGCCGCUCCUCGGAGGU